UACAGUCUUUACCACUUCACGACAACCACAUUGCGACGGCCUAGCAGCAUUCAUCCCAAGUCACCACGGGCCAUACUACCUCAAGAUGUAAGCAUAUUACCGUGAACGUCAACAACCCGGAAGUGGAGGCUUCAGAGCUUCAGCUCAUAAACCUCGAUGUCCCUCCCGACAUGACCCUCGCCGACUUACGGAGUUCGAUCGAAGCCGAAGGAAUACCCUCCCCAUCGCAGAACAUCUACCAUAAUGGCCAGCUUGUCACCGAUAACUCUAAGACGUUGCAAGAACUAAAUAUUUCCGAUGGAGAUAUGCUGGCAUUACACGUGCGGGAUAUGCGGGGGAACACUGGCGUUGCGCCUGCUCACCGGGAGCCACAGAGACGACAGGGUGCUGCUCUGUCCCAAGACCCGGAACUCAUACGUUUGCAAGUACUUGGUGAUGCUCGGUUGAGGGGCGAGUUGGAACGAGCGAACCCCCACCUGGCCGCCGCCCUCGAGAACCCUCAGCGGUUCGCACAAAUCUUCCGCCAGAGUGCGGACCACAGCAGGGCCCUCCGGCGCAGGUCCUUCUUCACCUAUCGCGUCUCGACCCGCCGCUCCUCCCGCCCGUCCGCCUCAACCGCAACAAGCUCCUCAGCCUCAAGUCCAACCCCAAAGAACUUUCCCCGAAAACGACAUCAACACCUUGGUGUCUCUAGGCUGGGACCGACAGGCAACGUUAAUUGCAUGUGACCAGGGGGUCAAUAGAGAAAGGUCGUCGUCUGAUUUGACACGUUCGCCGAAUCUGAACAAUAAAAAAUUAUCUGAGGCACAAACACAAACACACCCCUUAAUUAAGUCAUUUACAGAUUAGAAG